AUGCCCGUUCCCGACCGAAGAGGCUUGGAGAUUGUCAACAUUGACGUCAAGGAUGUCAGGUUUCCUACUUCCUUAGGUUCUCACGGAUCCGACGCCUUGCAUACUGACCCAAACUACUCGUGUGCCUACGUUACUACUAGCACAGCGAAUGGCAAGCAAGGGUUUGGUUUGACGUUCACUUGUGGGCGGGGCACCGAGAUCAUAGUGCUCUGCAUCAGGUCUAUGAAAAAGUUUAUCAUUGGUAAGAAUGCUGCAGAUAUCUUCGCUGACUUCGCAGGCUUCUGGCGAACUAUUACCAAUGACUCGCAAAUGCGAUGGAUUGGACCUGAGAAGGGCGUGGCUCACUUGGCUGCGGCAGCUAUACUGAACUCCUUGUGGGAUCUGUGGGCUCGCCUGGAAAACAAACCGCUUUGGAGGCUUCUAGUCGACAUGGAACCAGAGGAAUUGGUAUCGACGAUAGACUUCCGUUAUAUUACGGACGUGAUAACGAAGGAAGAAGCAAUCAAAAUGUUGAAGGACAAGCAGGCUGGCAAACAGGAGAGGGUCAAGUAUCUUAUGGAGCAUGGAUAUCCCGCGUAUACUACACAAGUCGGUUGGUUAGGCUACAGCGACGAGCUCGUCCAGUCUCUGUGUGAGAAGUAUCUGAAGCUUGGUUUCAAAUACUUCAAGGUCAAAGUUGGAGUCAACUUCGAUGACGACUACAGAAGAUGUAGCGCUGUGCGCAAGUGCAUCGGUCCUGAUAAUGUUUUGAUGGUAGACGCCAAUCAAGCGUGGAGUGUGAACGAAGCUAUAGAGUGGAUGAAGAAGCUGGCACCUCUCAAACCGAUGUGGAUUGAGGAGCCUACCUCACCCGACGAUGUACUGGGACACGCUGCUAUUUCAAAAGCAUUGGCGCCGUAUAACAUAGGCGUGGCGACGGGCGAGAUGUGUGCCAACCGCGUCAUGUUCAAGCAGUUCCUCCAGAGCGGGGGCAUGCAGUACUGUCAGAUAGACUCGGCACGUAUCGGCGGAGUUAAUGAGAUACUCUCUGUCUAUCUCAUGGCUGAAAAACUUAAAGUGAAGGUGUGUCCUCACGCGGGUGGAGUUGGUUUAUGUGAGAUGGUGCAACACCUGCAGUACUGGGACUUCGCCAGCGUCUCCGCCACCAUGCAGGACCGACUCAUCGAGUACGUCGACCAACAACACGAACAUUUCGUCGACCCAUGCAUUGUUGAGAACGCUAAGUACCUCGCACCUAAGCUACCGGGCUACAGCACGGAAUUCUUACCAGGAAUAUUGGACAAGUUUGCGUAUCCAAAUGGCAGUGAGUGGCGCCAAAUGAUCAAGGAUGGACUCUUCGCACCGCCUGAUGAAGCUGAAUUGGUCAACGUUUAA